UUAGAUAAUGUAAUAAUAAUCAAAUAUUCACUUGCAAAUUUGAAUUUCUAUUGUCACAGCGUAGCAAUGCAAUCUCAGCGCAGAUGCAGCUUUUGACGGCCCUUAGAUUUUUUGCCACUGGCUCCUUUUACACCAUGCACGGAGACCUUCAUGACAUGAGUGCACCAUCAGUGAGCAGGAUAAUCCAUCGAGUCUGUAGAGCCAUCAAUAGAGAAGCCAACAGAGUCAUCAAGUUUCCUGUGCGCCAACAUGAUGUGAACAGAGCCCAACGCGACUUCUUUGCCAUCGCCGGCUUUCCUGAAGUUGUUGGAGCUGUUGAUGGGAGUCACAUCCGUUUGUAUGGUGCCCCUCUAAUGGAUGACGAGCACCUAUAUGUUAACCGGAAAGGCUGGCACAGCAUCAACAUUCAAGUCAUCUGUGAUGCUAACUACCUGAUCACAAAUGUUGUCGCCAGGUGGCCAGGCAGUACACACGACAGUGCCAUUAUCCACGGCAGUGUCAUUGGUGACAUGUUUAGUGAUGGCAGGCUGCAAGGUAUGCUCAUAGGUGAUUCAGCAUAUGCCCUCAGACCGUGGCUGAUGACACCAAUUGAGAACCCCAUAACAGACGCUGAAAGAAAUUAUAACAGGUGUCACAGAAGAACAAGGGUCAAGGUGGAGCAAACGUUCGGUCAGCUAAAGCGGAAAUUUCCAUGCCUGGCACUUGGUCUCAGGGUAUCACCCAGUAGAACAUGUCAAAUCAUCAAGGCUUGCUGCGUUCUGCACAAUCUAGCCAAGAUCAUGGGUGAGCCUGAUUUUGAGGAGGAAGUAGAAGUUGAGGAGGUUGGGGCUCUGCCAUAUGUUGGAGUACUCCAUGAUGGUCAAGCACAUAGGGAGCGUAUUAUUCGUCAGUAUUUUAACUAAAUUGAUGUAUUGUAAAGUUUCAUAGUUAAUUCAACAGAUGUUGAAAUGUUAUAAAAAUUAGAGUGGCCUCAUAUUUCAUCCUGAGCAAGGACUUUUUCAGAGGCAAAGGAUUUUGCAUUAUGUGAUUUCUUGCCUCUGAAAUUGUCCUUGUUGAGGAUGAGUGGGAGACUUUUGAGACAAUGGUGGCAGCAAACACACAGGU